AUGCUACUGCUGAAUUACACCCAUCCACGUGUCUUCAUUUUGCUUGGAAUACCGGGACUGGAAGAAGUUCAGUGUUGGAUUUCUAUCCCCUUCUUUGGUAUGUACUUUGUUGCCGUCUUCGGGAACAUUAUCAUCCUAGUGAUCAUCAGAUCUGAAAAGAGCCUUCAUCAGCCCAUGUACUUCUUCUUUUCCAUGUUAGCUAUGACUGAUUUAGUUUUGUCCUCUUCAGCUAUCCCAAAAAUGUUGGGCAUCUUUUGGUUUAAUUUCCAGGAGAUCUGUUUUGAAGCUUGCCUGACCCAAAUGUUCAUCAUUCACUCCUUCACCGCCAUGGAGUCCGGCUUUUUCUUGGCUAUGGCUUAUGAUCGCUACGUGGCCAUUUGCAAUCCACUCCGUCACUCAGCCAUUUUGAACAAUAAAGCAGUUCUUACCAUUGGACUUUGUGUGGUGUCUCGGGCCAUAGUAUUUUUCUUACCUCACCCAUUCAUUGUUAAAACCUUAAUUUUCUGUGAGGACAACAUCAUCCCUCACACGUACUGUGAGUUCAUGGCUGUUAUCAAACUAACUUGUGGGGACUCCAGCAUCAGCAAGGCCUACAGCUUGACCGUGGCCUCUAUGAUAGGUGCCUUUGAUCUCCUAUGUACAAUAACCUCCUAUGUCCUCAUCUUCUGCACUGUCUUCAACCUCCCCACCAAGCAGGCCGGACGGAAAGCCCUUAGCACCUGCACAUCUCAUAUCACUGUCAUCUUAGUGUUUUACAGCACCGCCACCUUCACUUUCCUCACCCACCGCUUUGGUCACAACAUCGGACCACAAAUCCACAUUAGCAUUGCCAAUGUCUAUCUGUUGGUUCCACCAACAUUGAACCCAAUUAUUUACGGGGUGAGGACCAAAAAGAUAUGGCAGAAAUUAGUGAGAUUCCUGUACUAUAAAGGUGCCUAA